CUAAAUUUUCUUAAUACUGUAUACCUUUUAAAGUAGGGUGGCAGGUAAUAAGUGGAAGAGAAAAAUGUUUCACUCUCUUCCUACGUUGACUGUUCUUAUUCCACUGGUCUCUUUAGCAAGACUGUUUUACUCAGCCUCUGUGGAAGAAAACUUCCCACAGGGCUGCACUAGCACAAGCAGCCUUUGUUUCUACAGUCUGCUCUUGCCGAUUACCAUACCAGUGUAUGUGUUCUUCCACCUUUGGACUUUGAUGAGUAUUAAACUCUUCAGGCAUAAUUAAUGCAACCAGAGCCAAGAUGGUAUAUAUAUAUAUAUAUAUAUAUUCAUAUGUCUUGGACAUCUAUCUCUGAAAGCUCAGCUAGGUGGAAAUACUGGAGACCCAUUUAGUUUGCAGGAAAGAUGCUUUGCCUUGCUUAUGUGAGGCUUAGGACUACGGGAGGCUUACGCUGCACAAGCUUCUCUUAUUAUACUCUUGUUCUGCCCUUGUUUUUUUUUGAAGGUUCUGACUUAUAACUG